AUGCCAACGACACCCACAUACCCGCCCCCGGAGGACCCGAGCGUCCUGGCUUCUUCGCUGCACACGCUGCCCCCCUCCCCGUUCCUCCACCCUGAACAGUUCGGCAUGCUGCCCCUCCCAGAGUCGCCUGUUCCCCACCGCUCGCCGCUUCACCGGCAAACGCCAUCGUCUUCCGCCACGGGGGAGUCGCCGCGGUCCGUCAGCGCACCAUUUCCGCAGCGCCAUGUCUGGGUGCCUUCGACGCCGACGUUCCAGUUCAACAGCGAGAAGGGCAAUGAGUGGGAGACGUAG